AUGACACUCCCUUCUCUCGUAUCGAAGAUCGUAAUCAUUUCUCUCUUGCUCCCUUUUACAUUGUUUCGUCCCUUGUACGCCUCGAAAACAGUCGACGAUCAACUCUCUCAUUCAAAAAUCAGUGAAAUAUGCGAGCAAACCCUAAAUUAUGGUUUUUGCAAAACUACAUUGGAACAAUACCCUCGAACCACAUUGGCUGACAUGAAGGAUCUCGCGACCAUCACUAUCAUGUUGGCAAUGGCUCAAGCGAGAUUGAACAAGUAUGCAGUUGACGAGCUUCAACAAAGAAAGGAGAGUAAACACCUUAAAGAUAAAUUGGCAAGUUGUCUUGACGAUUACACGGUUGUGUUACACAAGUUACAAGAUGCGUACAAGAUAUGCAAGGGCAAAGCUGAUUACAAGGCGAUGAUGGAGCUUGUGAACGAUGCGACAAGCAUGAAUAUCAAGUGUCAAGAUCGCUUUGUGAAGCAUCCUAACCGUCCAUACCCUAUAGCGGAUUACAAUCAGAAGAUGUUAUGGCUCAAUAAUAUUGCUCUUGUAGUACUAAGUAUGCUUGCUUGA